AGUUAGUGUGGAUGGGUCGCACCUUCAGCGCUACAUAACAAUAUUCAAACACCAGUCGAUCCUUAUUCCUUCCCGCUCCUUUCCAUUCGUUGGUCCGCCGACUCCCCAUUUCGCUCUCAUUAAACCUACUGCAACACCAACUUCUGAGGACUUCCUUUACCAACCUUCAACCGUACUAGAAAAGAGGCAUGGAAGCUACUUUCCCACUUUUCAACUUCUUCAAGGUCAUACUCUUCGGAUUCUCUCAACCAUAUCCCUCCCCAUGGAUUGUCAUAGCCAUUUGGACCGCUAGAUUCAUCCUAUGUGCAUUACUCAUUCGGACUUACCUUCUACCUGGUGCGCUCAAUCUAUUCUCAAGACAUGUGCGGGUUCGGAGCAUCAGCCUACGCUCUAUACGCGGCGUAUACUUUCGUCGGGGCAAUAUCACGCUCACUGUAGAUCGUAUCGGCGUGUCGAGGCCUUUCCAAGGGCAAGGAAAAGCUAAACAAUUCUGCUUCACCUUGGAGGGACUGACGUUACGGGUUGGAAAACUCCAGGCGCCUCGCCAGUUCAUGACGCGCCAUAGGCGGAGACUCACCUUAGCCGACUUUUCCCCCUCUCCUUUGGCCAUCCGUGUGUGGUCCGCCCUCCUUGCUGUUAUUUCAACCAUCGAUCCCGUCGUAAGACCCCUCAUACGCUUUUGCGUGUCCGCCAUACUUGCACAACUUAUACGGGUCAUACCGACACUCACUCAGGCUCUUCGUAUAGAGCUCGAUUCUGUAGCAGUCAUCUUUGAUGUCGCAUCUAACCAUCGCAUUGUCUUAGAUCAAAUGUCUAUAGACGUGCAGGUUCUAUUUACAGAACUUCGGGCAAGCCGGAUCCCCUCACAGGGUCCAGCAGCUAGCCAGAACCAACACCUAACGGCUAGAGCUCUUGCGAUGGGUGCUUGGAAAUCACGCAUAUCCAGCAACUUUAUGAGAACGUGGAGUAAGGCCUGGGAUGUCACAUGGGGUCAAAGCAGAGGCCACGCAUCCUUUGUUCUCCACAUUGGAAGGGUUACCGGCGAGUCUGUGCCCUCGUCGCUGCCAUUUUUUGAGGUCCCGAAAGUAUCUUUCCGUGGCGAAGCUCAUUUCAGCCCCAAGGAUGGUUCUUUCGAACCCGAGGGUCUCUCCAUCGCAUUGGGACUUAGGGAUGUAUCUAUACACUUCGAUGGCUUGGAGUUGUUCGUCAAUCAGUUAAGGGACAUAUCGCAUCCUUCUGUCCUCUCCCCAGCUCCCAUUUCUACCGGAUCCUCGAUCUCUAGUGGCAAGACUCGCUUUAGCACGCCCUCCAUACACUCUCCCUUUAUCACGGGGAACCAUGCCAUCAAGCGAAGAAAACCCUCAAUAUCAUGGAUAUCCUUGCUCCUAACGGCAGAGGUGACUAUCGCUAGCGUGACUUUGGACAAGAACAUUGGACGAAGCAAAUAUAUAGGCACCCUUGGCAGCAUGCAUCUUCGAUGCGGUCUAAGCAAGCCGGCUUCCAGCGAACUUCACCGGAACCUACUGGGCAGUUAUGAUGGCACAGGAACGGCAAGCUCGAGGUCAGCAUACAAUCUAAGUUAUUCUAUUGCGCAAUCGAGUCUACGGCGAGUUACUGCGGCCUCAAACGACUCCCUUCAGAUAAUCUCUGUUGGGCCGGUUAGUCUGAACUGUUUGGCCUCUCAAUGGUCGUCGCCAUGGUUGCCUAUGACGUCCGAUGAUUAUGGCAACCCAAAUGCCCCGUUGUUGGCCAUCAGAGUAAACUUGGGCUCAUUGGACAUAACAGAGCGUUGCGAUAUGUUGGACGAGGUGUUUCAAGCUAAUUUCCCGAGCCAUUCGAGGCCUUCAUCUAAACCGGCUAUGCUUCCCAUCGUUUCUCACGUACCCAGAAUCGAUUUCGGUCUCCAGCUAGGUGCAAUAGCAGCCCGUGUCAUAUAUGUGGACGAACAAAGUUAUGGAGAACCUGUCGCGCUCGAGGUUAAGACAAGUGGGCUUGUCUGUACUUACUCAACUUCUUUCCGAGCACGGCCUCUUUCUGCAGGUCGAAAGCUAUAUGGCCCUGAGUUCGACCAACUAUACGUUCACAUGACAGGAGAUCUUCGGGUGGUCACGGAGCCUUUUUUCCUUCAUCUUAAUUCGAAAUCCUCCAGCAGAAGUGCUCACAGGGCGUCAAGGCUUCGUCCAGAUAGUAAUACUGGCGAUCCGUUGAUUGCCCUCGAAUCAAUAGAAAUCACUGGUGUGACCACGGCCUUCGGAGAACAUAGUGAUCAAACCAAUUAUGGUGUCUCACUUGACCCUCAUUCAAUUUUCUUGAACAUCCAUUGCUUUACUGAAGCCUUUGUCAUGGAACUUUGGUCUCCAAGAGCUGUGAAGUCUCUGAAGACGGUCUUGCACACACUUCCGCCCUUAAGACCAGGCAAGCAGUCACAAUCUAACCUAGUGGAGUCGGAUGGAUCAACGGGCAUUGGCUUUGCUAUUUCAACAUCCAUUGCUCGAUGUGUCCUGUUUGUAACUGGACAUGAUGCCAGUCCAGGGGCAGAAGAUGACAUUACUCGAGGGAUCGCUUUUCGCACAGGCAUUUCCGCAGAGUUUGUCUCACUUCACCCACCACAACUAGAGGCUAUCAAAGACUUGCGAACUCGCUCUCAGGCUCGGCACAAGUUAUACUUGAUGGAAGAGCGCAUCAUAGAAGCUGUAGCUUCGGUCAAAGCUUCCAGCCCUAACGAAGGCACCACGAGCUUCAGCAAAAUCAGAGUGUGGCAGACAUCGCUGCGGACUGCGGCGGCUGAUCUAUACUCGAUGGAUGAUCCUUACAUUGCGGAAAAGGAUGAAGAUGAUCUGCGUUCUCAGGAUUUCCUUUUGUUGAAGAAGGGGUCUCUUGAUGUUAAGAUGCAACGUCGGUCCCAGAUGACAUCCUCUGCCAUCUCCAGCUUGACAGAAUAUGAUGCAACACUUGAUGCUCGGACGCUUCAAUUCACAUUUGAUGUUUCUUGUUUAUAUCAUACACUCAUUGCAGCGCGUGUCAUUCAAUCAUUUCGCCCGCCAUCUACUCCUUCUCCCAAACCCGAGUCGCAAUCUCCACCACCAAUCUUACACUUCCGAAGCACGAUCCAGGAUAUUUACCUCCAAUGGAGUCUCCAGGAGCAAGUCCUCGUUACAAGAAUGGAUGUGCUCCUGCUCUCACUCACGCCAACCGUAAGAGACGUGUCCUGGAGCACGCUUGUGCUCUUGGUGCCUGUGUCGCCCCAGUCACAGCACCCUAACGAGUUGAAGGAUGCCCAGUGGGAAGAGUUAGGUCGCCUCAACCGCUGGUCGAUAUCAAUUUCAUCCUCAAAGGCGCUUGCAAUUGAUGGAGAAAGCGCAUAUUUACAGAUCCCUCACAACUAUAUCCUGGCCCAUUUGAUUCGCAGUGUUGUAGUCACCUUAAAAUGCUCGCGCCACCUAGCUCGUGUGGUUGCUGCCGAUUGCUAUUUCCCAUUUGAGGCCCCAGAAGCUGAAGAGGCCAAAGAAGUACCCAACAUGAAGAUCAAUGUCACAAUGAUUUGCGUGGAAGCUAUGGAUGAUCCGUUCGAGAGCAAGUUCGGCUUAAUAUCACAAGUUGGGUAUAGCGCUUCUAAAGAACGCCUUCAACGAGAAGAUGCUUUCAAGGCUAAGGUCGCCGCAAUUUUAGCAGCAGAAUGCGUGACGAACUCCGCGACGAAAGGCCCCGGAAAUGACUCAAACUACUCCUUUGAUUCAAAACAUUCUGUCUCUAUUGAGGAAGCUCAGGAACGUCUCCGUCUUGCUCACUCAAUAGACUGGAAGCUCAGACAUCGCAAAAAAAUGAAUGAACGUAUUCAAACUGAAAACGAGUUCUGUCGCCAGUUUCGUCGUCCCUUUGACAUGCGGUGGCCUCCCAAAGAGGGCGGCAUGUCGGUCGCUAGUCCUGAUAACACGCCUCCCCUUUUCCGAAUCGUUGUGUACCGACUGUCUCUCUCAGUCGGAAAGCCAUCAUUCCCUCUUGAUCAAUUGCCUAAUUAUCUGCAUGACCAAGGAGGUGGAGACCCCUUGGACUCGCUCCAUUGGUUGCUUAUUCCACUGCAUCUUGACUUCACAGCGGGUUCACUGCGGCUAUCUUUGCGAGAUUACCCAAUACCUCUCAUCCAUAUCCCUCCCAACAAGAAGGACACCGAGUCUCCCGCAAUCCGAUUCAAAGCCGACCUUGUUAUUGCAGAGCAGAUGGGCCCGAGUUCGUCAGUGGAUUGGAUACCCUGUUACAUUGAUACUUGCCAAGGGCGCGAUCUCCAGCACUUGAUGCAAAUUGAUGUCCCCAAGACGACCAUGCCAGUGAAAACCUACGCCAGUCCCAGUGUCCAAAUCCUCACCGAUGACAUCACUACUUUUGCCUGGGGUGUGAGCUAUAGCGCUGUAACACAAGACUUUGUGCGCGUCAUCGAGGCCAUCACUUCUGAACCCGUGGACCCCUCACCUUCCAUCGGGUUUUGGGAUAAACUUAGGUUGAUCUGUCACUGGAAAGUCGAGAUUACUUUCAAGGAGGAAGUCAGACUUUACAUGAAAGGGUCUCGGGACCCUCAUAUUCUGCAUGGCACAGGGGCCGGAUUUGCCUUGUGUUGGCGAGGUAACUCAAGAAUACGGAUUGGGAUGCAGAACGAGGACAAAGAAGCAGUUCAAGUCCUGAGCGAUACUCUUGCGGUCAUAAUUCCGAAAUUCAGCUCCACUUCGCGACACAGUGUUAAGUCGUCCCGGCGCGGCGGUCGCAUGGCUUUGCAGGAUCCGUUCCAUUGCCAGCAUGGCUGCACAAAACCAUGCGCUAAGUUCGGAGGGGGCGUUCGGUUUGGAGUAGGCAUCGUACUUGAGCGUUCUUGUGGCGAAGAAUGCCGAACUUGCAGCGGAGGAGCCUUCGAUCGCAAAUGUCGUCUUUUCGACUUCCGUCCCCACUACGACGUCACGCUCGAGAAGAAGACCGAGAAGCCCACCAUUAAGACUGUAGAUGACUCAUAUAAUGCUUUUCGGUCCGAUUUCAUACAUCUGUCGGUUUCUUUAACAUCGUCGUUGCACGGCAGAGACGGCCAAAGCUCUGCUGCUCCCAGUAGGUUUCAUCUUACGCCCAAAGGAUUCGCCCACUUUUUUGCAUGGUGGAGUCUGUUCGACAACGCAUUGACGUUACCGAUCCGCUCUGGUUCCUACUAUCCACCAAAGCCGACCUCUCCGAAGUUUGGACGACACCUGGCAACACUGAAAUACCGCUUUAGCAUCCCGGAUGUUUUCAUCUCACAUAUAUACAUUGAAGAGUCUCGCGAAUCUUGGUUGGAAGGCGUGACGCCCUGUGUCGGACUCAAAGCCAAAAUUGAUCAUUUCCAAGCUGACCUACAUCAGCGAGAUCAGGAGUCGAUUGCUCCCGGGAAGACGCCUGGAAGCAUCAAGGUCAUACGGCAUAAACCCUUUUAUGCAGCGGAAGCGGUUAUGAAAGGCCUGGACAUUCAUGCGCUUCUAGCGACCUUUCCGGAGUAUCUCAAGCAGACCGUUCACGUAUCGCCUCUAGACUCCAGCACUGUUCAUGCUCAAAGGGCACAGUUGCCUCCAACCGAAGUUCCUCCUCUAUGGCUAGAUCCUGACGACUUUGUGGAGACAGAUUGGUCGACAAGUGCUCAGCCCGAGAUCUCUAUGGUACAUGCAGCUUCUUGCUCACGGCUCACAUACUUCAAGAAGCAUAACAAGUCACCAGAAUUUGAGGCACAAAACAGUAAAUUCGGCAACGAAGAUUCCCAUACAUGUCUCCUCGGCAAGGAACUGUCGGUAAACCAGGUUGAAAUUGGUCUUGCUGAGAAGCGCGCCGCCGUUUUGCAAGACUCACAUUCUCAGUCAGCUAUGAAUAUGGUCAAUCUUCUAGAAGAGUAUAUAGCCUAUCUUCAAGUCGUGGAUACAGCAUCUGAGGUCAAUAACGCUGACUCCACGUCUGGCAACCGGAAUUACUACAUGCCGUCAGACACGGUCUCGCCAGACGAUUGGGCUGACUUCGAGAACGUUUACCAAGUGCACUCUCCAAAGGUCUACAUGAGUAACUCAAUUCGUGAUAUUCUCAUGCAGUACUAUAAUUGCUCUAAGAACCGCCGAGGGUUUGAGUAUCAUAUGUCUACACGUGCUGUAAAGUUCAUCAGAGACCAAGCCGAAGCAAUCAUGUCCCUCAAUGUCCCCGAUGAACAAGAGAAGGGAAAGGGGGCUUCAAAGCCUGCACAAGUAGCUGCUGACGCACUACGGCGGAUCUUCGCCCCGGAUGGAAGCAGCCUUUCUGUGAACAUCGAUGACGAUUUCUCCGGUGCCGCCUCUGUCGAUCCUCUCGCAGGUUGGGACGAAGGCGUUCUCCUUCAGAAAAGUCACUUCUGCCUACUGCUCAAACCUCAGAUCGUCCUUCGAAGUGAAGCGCAAGCUGAAGCUGUCUCUGUGCUCGCAGCCGUGCAAGCCAAAGUACAGACCUUCCAGAUUAUGGACUUGUCCAAUCUGGAGGAUCCUGUCAGUGGAAGGAUCAUGUCACGAAACCAUGUAUUUCUGGGGGGACUUCAAACAUUCUGCCCUGCGCCAGGCUAUGACGGUGAUGGAUGCGUACCCGUUGAAGUCCUCAUUGACUAUCGUUGCGAGAGUCCAGAGUUUGAUCGCAUUGUGCCUCAGACUGAUGCGACAUUCCAUUACGAUAAGUUCAACAGACUACGCCUUCGCAAUAACGUCACUUCCGUCACUCGCUCGUCGCAUGACGACCCCGAGCGGAAGAACACUGCACACUUGCAUAACGAGACGGAUCUGAUUCAGGUUCAUGUGCCACGCUUCACAGUUUCCGCGACAGACAGGCAUUUCCAAGCGAUCUCCAACAUUGUGACCAAUCUUGUUCUUUUCUCCGACCCUGUUCACAAGCACCGGUUAGAGAGACUGGAGACCCUCCUCUUCUCAUAUGACUUCACCGACCUGAGUUCAGCAGCUGACGUUGUUGCCAAUCUUCAAACCCGCCUUCGCAAUGCCAUUGAGACGUGGAGCGAGGCUGAUAUGCAGGCCAAUCUUGAUGAUGGAAACAAUCGUAUGGAGAUCUACAAGCUCAACGCGCACAUCUUCCUCCUUACCGAAGAGCUCAACCUCAUCUUCGAUGCCAUCAAGUUGGCUCAGGAUCGCGCUGACGAACGGACGGACCAGAAGUCAGCGCUACUGCUGCAUACCCUCUCAAAUGAGAUCUCAUGGAUGAUGCUCGACGAGCGACGCGAGCUCCUAGCUAAGCUCGCUGUGAGAAACAUCGACUUCUCCUGGCUAAGCAAGCAAGAUAGUUCGACGUCAAAUAACCUGGCUGUUGGCGAUCUUCAGGCAUUUGACGGUUCGCCGAAUGCGGUCUGGGCUGAGAUUGUAACUAAAUACGAGGAGCCAUCGAAUCAUCCACUGUUGAAGAGGGGGCUCUUCCUGUUGGCUGAUUGGACUGUGCUUGCACCCGUUGGGGGAAUCACCAUAUACGAGGAGUUUCAGCUCAACUUCCAUCCCAUUCGUCUCCAACUAGAUGCGCGACUUGGUCAGCGGAUUAUGGAGUACGUAUGGCCGGCUCGUAAGAAUCGCACGAUCGAGGACCGGCAGUCUCCUCCAGAGGAAAGUUCGCCAUGGUACUCACCAUCACCUCGUGGCUCUUUUGAAGGGGGUGAAGCGUCGAGUAACUUUGGACCAACCCAUCGCCCUCGCGCGUCUCUUGACUCCACAGGUCUCGCUCCUCCACGUCUUCGCAAGUUAGGCUCCUCUCGGUCGUUCAACGAUUUACGUAGCGCAGCAUCAGAGAAUCGCAGUGGUACAUUAAUCCCUCGCGUGGACUCGGCUCAGCAGUCUCUAACAGGUACACCAGACGUUAAAGAUGAUGUCGCGAGACCGCACACGGCGCUGUCAAAGCACGACAAGCCUAAACUUAGAGAUGACGCAGCAGAAAUGAAGACACGCUCAUCUCAGAAGACAUUUGUGUUUGUCAAGAUUUCGAGCUUGCAUCUUCUUUUGAGCAUCAUGAAGGAGGAAUCUUUCGAAUGCCGUGAUGCUCGAAUACGGACUCGCGACUUGGAGUAUCGCAAUCAGACAUGGAGCUUUGAAGAGCUUGUGGACCAGUUCAUUCCUUCGGACAUGACAUGGAAGGGUUGGGUCAAGAUGGCUUUCCAUCAACCUCUGGUUCCUGUGCUUCCUGUGGCUCGGGAGCUCUUUUCGAAGACGAAGUUAAUUGCGUCAAGGGGUGCUUCGCAACUCGACCCAACCGGCUCCAUGAAGGCGAUGCGAGAGAAAGAGACGAUGGAACGUGGGCGCCAACUGAAACCCGUGGAGAGCUCGCGGGGUAGUAUAACCGGAGUGGCGCUGGCCGACGAACCUAGUGGCAUAGAUGCAAGUGAGUUUGGCAAGACUGGUGGCCGGCGGAGCUCAAGUAGCACAACAUCACGGCGGAGGGGCAAGUCGAUCAGAAGCGUCUUCGGGCGCAACAAGCAAUCUACGAUCACCCAACAUGAUGUCGGCCGGGGCGCCGUUGAUAACGACACAAGCAAGUGAUCUGGACGAGACUCUCAACAUGUUGCAUAAUUAUAGAUUGGUAUUAUAU